GUGGUUCCCGGGCCCUUUCCUCAUAAAUGGCACAUCUGUCACAUACUGAAAUUCUGCCUGCCAGCCGCUCCGCUCCGCGCCCCGAGUCAGGGACUUCCCAAAGCACAAGUCCGGUCUCCCGGCGCGCCGGCACUGCCUGUGGGAACGAGACGCCCAGCUCGCCACUCCGCGCCAGCCGGCGCUGGCCACCCCUCGCCCUAGGAUUCACGGCUGAACCCCGCGGGGCUGAGAGCCCCACGCCCCCGGCCCGCCCCAGGAUCGCGCCGCCGCUUGUUUACUCCCCGGCGCAGCCUAGUCCGACCCUGGGACCCGCCCUCGCCCACCGCCUAUUGGCGGAGGAGGUGCCAAGGCUAGCGACGAUUGGUCCGGAGGAGGCGGAGGGGUAGGCUGCGCGGGAGGCCGAGAGGGGGCAGCAGGCGAUGGCGGCGGCGGCGGCGGGUCGGCUAGGCUGGUUGCUCGCCGCGCUCUGCCUGGGCAACGCCGCCGGAGAGGCGGCGUCGGGCCCGCGAGUGUUGGGUGUCUGUCUGGAAGAAGACGGAGCCGCGGACGCGGGGUGGGCGCGCGGAGGAGAGGUCCGGGACGCGUCGGAGGCCACCUUCCGCCUGCGCGUCUUCGGCUCGGGUUUGGCCAACAGCUCCUGGUCCUGGGUGGCCCCCGAGGGGGCGGGCUGCCCCGAGGGCGGGCCGGCCGCGGCGUCCGAGGAGGCGGCGGCCCCCACGGGCGAGUGGCGCGCGCUGCUGCGCCUGCGCGCCGAGGCCGCGCGCCCGCACUCGGCGCUGCUGGCUGUGCGCGUGGAGCCGGGCGGCGCGGCAGCUGAGGAGGCGGCGCCGCCCUGGGCGCUGGGCCUAGGGGCGGCGGGGCUGCUGGCUCUAGCGGCGCUGGCGCGGGGCCUGCAACUGAGUGCGCUGGCGCUGGCGCCCGCCGAGGUGCAGGUGCUGCGCGAGAGCGGCUCGGAGGCCGAGCGUGCGGCGGCGCGGCGCCUGGAGCCCACACGGCGCUGGGCCGGCUGCGCCCUGGGCGCGUUGUUGCUGCUGGCCAGCCUGGCGCAGACGGCGCUGGCGGUGCUGCUGUACCGCGCGGCCGGCCAGCGUGCGGUGCCCGCCGUGCUAGGCAGCGCGGGGCUCGUGUUCCUGGUGGGCGAGGUGGUGCCGGCCGCCGUGAGCGGGCGCUGGGCGUUGGCACUGGCGCCGCGCGCGCUGCUCCUCAGCCGCCUGGCCGUGCUCCUGACCCUGCCGGUGGCGCUGCCCGUGGGCCAGUUGCUGGAGCUGGCGGCGCGGCCCGGGAGGCUGCGCGAGCGCGUGCUGGAACUGGCGCGCGGGGGCGGCGACCCUUACAGCGAUCUCAGCAAAGGCGUGCUGCGCUGUCGGACCGUAGAGGACGUGCUUACUCCGCUCGAGGACUGCUUCAUGCUGGACGCCAGCGCCGUGCUGGACUUCGGCGUCCUGGCCAGCAUCAUGCAGAGCGGCUAUACGCGCAUCCCGGUGUACGAGGAGGAGCGCUCCAACAUCGUGGACAUGCUCUAUCUCAAGGACUUGGCCUUCGUGGACCCCGAAGACUGCACACCACUCAGCACCAUCACCCGCUUUUACAACCAUCCACUCCACUUCGUCUUCAACGACACCAAGCUGGACGCUGUCCUGGAGGAGUUCAAACGAGGGAAGUCCCACCUGGCCAUCGUGCAGAGGGUGAACAACGAGGGUGAAGGUGACCCCUUCUACGAGGUGCUGGGCCUGGUCACCCUGGAGGACGUCAUUGAGGAGAUCAUCAAGUCUGAGAUCCUGGAUGAGUCUGAGGAUUACCGAGAUGCCACAGUGAGGAAGAAGCCUGCUUCUCUGAGUGCCCCUCUCAGGCGGAAAGAGGAAUUCUCCUUGUUCAAGGUGUCUGACGAUGAAUAUAAAGUGAAAAUCUCGCCUCAGCUGCUCUUGGCCACCCAGCGCUUCCUGUCCCGAGAGGUGGAUGUAUUCAGCCCCCUGCGAAUCUCCGAGAAGGUCCUGCUGCACCUGCUGAAGCAUCCCAGCGUCAACCAGGAAGUGAGGUUUGACGAGAGCAACCGUCUGGCUGCCCACCAUUACCUGUACCAGCGCAGCCAGCCGGUGGAUUAUUUCAUUCUCAUCCUGCAGGGCAGGGUUGAGGUGGAGAUCGGGAAAGAGGGCCUGAAGUUUGAGAAUGGGGCCUUCACCUACUAUGGAGUAUCUGCCCUGACAGCACCGUCCUCAGUUCACCAGUCCCCAGUGUCCUCGCUCCAGUCCAUCCGCCAUGACCUGCAGUCUGAGCCAACCGAUGGUGGCCGCUUGUCUGCGUACUGUCCUGACUACACCGUGCGGGCCCUCUCCGACCUACAGUUCAUUAAGGUCACGCGGCUGCAGUACCUCAAUGCACUCCUGGCUACUCGAGCCCAGAACCUGCCACAGUCCCCGGAGAGCGCAGACCUCCAGGUCAUCCCAGGCAGCCAGAUCAGGCUCCUCGGUGACAAGACAGCCACAGCAGCAGGGCCCAACCACAGCAGACCUGGCCUCCCAGCGGAGGAGAGCCCUGGGCGGAACCCAGGGGUUUAA